CUGCAUUUUCAAUUCUAUCGACAGUUGCCAGUUCCAACCAACGGUGACGUGCCGCGCUCGCCCUCGAGUGCCAAGGGCUUCGAGCGUAUCACCAUCAGUAGCGCUGAAUCGUACAUGGCGAGGUUGGGUGAACUGGUAAGCUCCGGUCAGCACGAGAAUCUGAAGGCCAAGGCUGUGGAACUUUUAAAGGGGGCUGUCCGCACAAAAUCGUUAACUCUGUGUACUGUUUAG